AUUCUCUGUCUCAAUCGUACUUGCUAUUUAUACUUUGAUUCAGAUCAGUCAUAGUACUCUUGGAUUGUCACUCCAUUGCCUUGAAGCCAGAGGGUGCUGCUCAGUUAUACCCCAACUGAAAUUUUGCUCUUCAGGCCGUUCUUUAACCAUGAAUGCUCUAGUCGCAACCAAUAGAAAUUUUAAGCUAGCAGCUCGGCUAUUGGGUUUGGACUCAAAGCUUGAAAAGAGUUUACUCAUCCCAUUUAGGGAAAUCAAGGUUGAGUGCACUAUACCAAAAGAUGAUGGCACUUUGGCUAGUUUUGUCGGGUUUAGGGUUCAGCAUGACAACGCCAGAGGCCCCAUGAAGGGAGGAAUCAGAUAUCACCCAGAGGUUGAUCCAGAUGAAGUGAAUGCCCUAGCUCAACUGAUGACAUGGAAGGCAUCAGUAGCCAACAUACCUUAUGGUGGGGCUAAAGGAGGAAUAGGCUGCAAUCCAGGGGAAUUGAGCAUCACUGAGCUCGAACGACUAACCAGAGUUUUCACCCAAAAGAUACAUGAUCUAAUUGGUGUCCAUACAGACGUUCCAGCCCCUGACAUGGGUACAAAUCCACAGACAAUGGCAUGGAUACUGGAUGAGUACUCAAAAUUUCAUGGCCACUCACCUGCUGUGGUAACUGGAAAACCUAUUGACCUUGGUGGAUCCCUAGGAAGAGAUGCUGCUACAGGAAGAGGAGUACUCUUUGGGACAGAAGCCCUGCUUAAUGAGUAUGGAAAGAGCAUUGCUGGACAACGGUUUGUUGUGCAGGGAUUUGGGAAUGUUGGUUCCUGGGCUGCUCAGCUAAUAAGUGAAAAUGGUGGGAAGAUUGUUGCAGUGAGUGACAUAACUGGAGCAAUAAAGAACAGUAAAGGAAUUAACAUUCCAAGCUUAAUCAAUCAUGCCAAAGAAAAUGGUGGGAUCAAAGGUUUCAAUGGUGGGAAUGCAAUAGAUCCUAACUCGAUACUCGUUGAGGACUGUGACAUUUUAAUUCCAGCAGCCCUUGGGGGUGUUAUCAACAGGGAAAAUGCAAAUGAUAUCAAAGCCAAGUUUAUUGUUGAGGGAGCCAACCAUCCAACUGAUCCAGAGGCUGAUGAGAUUUUAUCAAAUAAGGGUGUUGUCAUCCUUCCAGACAUAUAUGCAAACUCGGGUGGCGUUACUGUUAGUUAUUUUGAAUGGGUUCAGGUAUCACAUUUCUCUCUUCAUUUGAUCUGGCAUGUUGCGGCGAAAUAGUUUUUUAGCUUGUUGGGUAAGUCUACUUACAUCUGACAUUCUCCAAACCCCAUAGUGACAAAAACCUCGUGUAUUAGGGUGUCUUGGACUGCCUUUUUUAUGCCAGCAUAGUUUUUAAUCUAUCUGACCAUUUUGUGUCCCGUAGAACAUCCAAGGCUUUAUGUGGGAGGAGGACAAAGUGAAAGCUGAGCUGAAAAACUACAUGACUAAAGGUUUCAAAAAUGUCAAGGAAAUGUGCAAAACCCACAACUGUGAUCUCCGAAUGGGAGCCUUCACCCUCGGAGUUAAUCGUGUCGCCCGAGCAACCCUUCUUCGGGGAUGGGAAGCCUGAGGCGGCACCUAACUGAAUAAGGAUUGAGGUUUCCAUGAAGCUCAAUAUUUCUUGUCCAUUAGUCUAUCUGCAUCUAUCACAAGAGCUCAGAGAAAGGCUUUACUAUUAUGUAUGAUUUUCCUUGGCAUUGUUUACGGCUGCACUUUCAAACUUGUGAACUCUGUUUUAAGCUCUCCUUUUUUCAGAGCAGGAGUGCAACUGAAGUUGCAUAAGUUUUUUCUUCCAUCUAGUUGCUUUUGAGUCACCCCCAAGCCUCCCAAGCAAUAAAGAUUUUGUGAAGUAGAAAAACAGACCAAGUACUCAUUUCGCUACCAACCAAGAGUUAAUAUAUCAUAAAACUAUUCUAGCUAAUCCGAAGCAUCUGGUAAUGAUAGCUUGAGAGGAAAAUACCAAUACAUAGAAGCACAAACUGGUAUUCUAUCCCCUUCCUCUGCCCCUGAAUCCUCCACCACGGCUGCCACCUCUUGAGCCACUUCUGCCACCCCUUGGAGCACCCCUUCCACGAAAGCUACCAAACCCACGCC